CAGCAGCCCCUCUUGCAGUUCGAGGAGCUGAAGCGGCAGAAGCUGAAGGACCAGAACAUCUUUGUGUCCCAGACGAGACUCUGUGUCCACAACCUGCCCAAGAGCGUGAAUGAUGCCGCCCUCCGGAAGAUAAUGCUGCAGGCAGUUGGCGGUGCGCCCGGUGCGAGAAUCAAGGAGUGCCGGGUGAUGCGAGAACUGAAGGGGCGGGGUCAGUCUCUGGGGUACGCCUUCGUGGAGUUCCAGGAGCACGAGCACGCCCUGCUUGCCCUGCGCCAGGUCAACAACAGCCCCCAGCUCUUUGGAGACCAAAAGCGGCCUAUUGUGGAAUUCUCCCUGGAGGAUGGGCGGAAGCUGAAGCUGAAGGAGCAGCGCGCUGAGCGCAGCCUGGUAGGGCAUCUGCAGGUCUCUUCCAGGGCUGCAGAGCUGAAACCAUCUCCCUGGGGAGGCGUCAGUCCCCGCUUUGCUGCUCCACGGGGGCGGGGGGGGGGCAUACGCUGGCUCCUGGCAGACUCCUUGAA